GAAACCAAUGGGAUUCGCCGCCCGGCCAAUGUCGCCUCGCGAGUGUUUUGGCGAUGGGGUUGCAGGCGGUGUGCAGGCUCAUGUCGAGGUUUAAUUCUGCCAGAAGGACUGAUAUCAUACUGCAACAUUUGAGAAUGACCAAGCACACAGAUGCAGCAGCAGAAGUGCUACUGGAAAAAAGAGGCUGUGCUGGAGUGAUCACACUGAACAGACCAAAAUUCCUGAAUGCUCUUAAUCUUAAUAUGAUCCGGCAGAUUUAUCCACAGCUAAAGAAAUGGGAACAAGAUCCUGAAACGUUCCUGAUCAUUAUAAAGGGAACCGGAGAAAAAGCUUUCUGUGCUGGAGGUGAUAUUAGAGCUGUCUCAGAAGCCGGAAAGGCAAAACAGCAAUUAGCUAAAGACUUUUUCAGAGAAGAGUAUAUACUGAACAAUGCAAUUGAUUCUUGCAAGAAACCAUAUGUUGCAUUUAUUCAUGGAAUUACAAUGGGUGGGGGAGUUGGCCUCUCAGUUCAUGGGCAAUUCCGAGUGGCUACUGAAAAGUCUCUUUUUGCAAUGCCAGAAACAGCAAUAGGAUUAUUCCCUGAUGUGGGUGGAGGUUAUUUCUUGCCACGGCUUCAAGGAAAACUUGGCUACUUCCUUGCCUUAACGGGAUUCAGGCUAAAAGGAAGAGAUGUCUUAAAAGCAGGAAUCGCUACACACUUUGUAGAUUUUGAAAAGCUGGGUAUGUUAGAGGAAGAUUUGUUAGCCCUGAAAUCUCCUUCUAAAGAAAAUAUUGCGGGUAUCUUAGAAACAUACCAUAAGAAGUCCAAAAUUGAUCAAGACAAGCCUUUUAUACUUGAAGAACACAUGGACAAAAUAAACAGUUGUUUUUCAGCCAAUACUGUGGAACAAGUUAUUGAAAACUUACGAAAAGAUGGUUCGCCUUUUGCCCUAGAGCAGUUGAAGGUAAUUAAUAAAAUGUCUCCAACAUCACUAAAGAUCACACUGAGGCAACUCACAGAGGGGUCUUCGAAGACUUUGCAAGAAGUAUUAACGAUGGAAUAUCGGCUGAGUCAAGCUUGUAUGGGAGGCCAUGACUUUCAUGAAGGGGUUAGAGCAGUGUUAAUAGAUAAAGACCAAAGUCCGAAGUGGAAACCAGCUGAUCUAAAAGAAGUUACUGAUGAAGACUUGAAAGAUCUUUUUAAAUCUCUGGGAAGUAAUGAUUUAAAAUUUUGAGGUGACUCUAUUUUUAAGGUAUUUUGGAGGAGAAUUUGGCAAAUUCUGGCCCAUGUGUUGAAUUUGGAGUUACUUUUUUUUCAGUGUUUGGGGAAAGAAAUCAGACUAAUCAAAGACUAAUGUUUCAUGAUGUAAGAAUUAUAUGAAAUUCACAUAUCAAUGUCCAUAAAUAAAGCUUUAUUGGCUUAUACUGUA